GAGCCAGGAGCCCGAAGGGAGGACGUGCUCGCCGCGGCGACAGGCAGCGCGCACGCGGUCCAGGUGCGCGCCCCGCCGCCCCGAGCGCUGCGCGACCCCAGAGUUACAAAGAGCGGUAGCCGCGGGGCAGCCGGCGCUAGCGAGUCCCCGAGCUUGCCAAAGAUGCCCCAUCGCAGCCUGCACGCGGCUGCUGUCCUGCUGCUUGUCAUCUUAAAGGAACAGCCUUCCAGCCCAGCCCCACUGAACGGAUCCAAGUGGACCUACGUUGGACCCGAUGGAGAGAGGAGCUGGUCCAAGAAAUACUCAUCCUGUGGGGGCCUGAUGCAGUCUCCCAUCGACCUGCACAGCGACAUCAUCCAGUAUGACGCCAGCCUUGUGCCCCUCGAGUUCCAAGGCUACAAUGUGUCUGCCAACGAGCAGUUUAUCCUGACCAAUAACGGCCAUUCAGUGAAGCUGAGCCUGACCCCGAACAUGUACCUCCUGGGCCUCCCGUUCCGCUACAGCGCCACACAGCUACAUCUGCACUGGGGGGACCAGAGCAACCCCCACGGCUCCGAGCACACCAUCAGCGGGAGGCACUUCGCCGCCGAGCUGCACAUCGUCCAUUAUAACUCGGAUCUGUACCCCAACGCCAGCACCGCCAGCAACAAGUCAAAAGGCCUCGCCGUCCUAGCUGUUCUCAUUGAGAUGGGCUCCUUCAAUCCAUCAUACGACAAGAUCUUCAGUCACCUUCAAGAUGUAAAGUACAAAGGCCAAGAGGUGCCCGUUCCAGGUUUCAACGUCAAAGAGCUGCUUCCUGAGAGGCCUGAGGAGUUCUACCGCUACAUGGGGUCCCUCACCACACCUCCUUGCAACCCCACUGUGGUCUGGACUGUUUUCCGAAACCCUGUGCAAAUUUCUGCGGAACAGCUGCUGGCUUUGGAGACAGCUCUGUACUACACACAUGUGGAUGACCCUUCCCGCAAAGAAAUGGUCAACAACUUCCGGCAGGUCCAGAAGCUUGACGAGAGGCUGGUGUAUGUCUCCUUCCGACAAGGAACACUGUUUGAGGACAGUUACAGAGGAUCGGAAGAAACCUGGCAGGAACUUGAGUCUGACCUGCAAAAUGAACCCCCCACUUGUAACAAUGGGGAUGAUUAGCCAUCUUCUUAGACCGGUUCAGGUCUAAGUUGCUGCUUGUAGCCGAGCGCUUCAGUAGACCCUCUCAGUCUGGCCAGGGGAGCUUGGGGGGCCUCUAAGCACCAAGGGCUAAGCUCGAACACCAACUCUUGGCUUAGGACAGCAAGAUCAAAGGCCAAAUGCAGCUUUGCCACUGCCCUCCAUCCCCACACAGCUCCCCAGAGCUGCUACUUCCAAGAGCUGGGGCUGGGCCCACUCUCCUGGUGUGAGGAUGCCUGGCAGUCCAAGGCAAAUCUGUUCAUUUGGAGGCUGAUUAUAGAAACUUGGCCACAAUUCUCCCCUCCUCCUCACUUCCCAAAGACACAGGCAGCAGAGGGGUUCUUGCCUAAGGAGGAGGCAGCCCCAAGACAGUGAAGCCCCAACCCCCAUCCUCCCAGGGGCACUGCACUCAGGUAGGUCGUCCCAUACCCAAUUUGGAGUGGCCUCAGGCUGUAACAUACCGUUUAGGGUUUACGGUGCCAGCCUGCUUGCAGGCGUGAGCCUUGAGCAGUUUGCACUCAAUUGUUGGGUAGAUUUUUCCACGGGGGCAUGACUGUAAUCAGGGUCUGAUUUAUUCAGGGUUUUCUCUGGAUGUUAACAAGAACUAUGGAGUGAGAAAACUCAGUCAGAAGCGAAGUAAUGUUCAGAAAAUCCUUUAUGAGAGAAAGUACAUGGACUUUGGGAGGAGGAUCUAAGGUUUAACCAAAUUGGGGCAAUUGGGACUGAGUCAUUUAACUUGAGCCUGCUAUGUACCUAGACUGUGCUAGGUGCUAGGGCUUAGAAAAGGAGUACAGGACCUGGUUUCUGUCCUCAAAGGGUUUACAAUCUAGCUACAGCUUGGCCUAAGGGCAGGGUUUCUCAACCUUGGUAGUACUGACAUUUGGAGUAAGAGAAUUCUUUGUUGUGGGGGCUGUCUUAUGCGUUGUACAAUGGUUAGCAGCCUCCCUGGCCUCUAGCCAUUAGAAGCCAGUAACAUCCCUCCAGUGGUGACAACCUAAAAUAUCUCCACACAUUGCCAAAUGUCUCCUGAUGGAGACCCACUGCCCUAGGGAUUGUACAAUAACUUUCCUAGACCCUGAAUUGAGGGUGUUUUGUUGUUUAAACUCUUACCAUAGGAUUCUAGAAGUUUGAUAUCACAUUCCCUGGUCUCUAUUCUGUUACGGCAUCACAUUUUCAGUCCAGUAAUAGUUACCCUUGAAACAACAAGGUGGAAGUUAUUAAGGUAGAACAACCAAACCCAAGAGAAACUUUGUUCCUCAUCUUCCUUUAGAAUUUAAGUAUAUUUUCUUUUUAAUAUAACUGGGUAGAUCGAAGGCUAAGAGAAGUGGGAUGAGAGAAUUAACAGCCCUUUAGAGAGGAGAAGCCCACGAAUCCUUUUAUCGGGGGACCAGAUACCUCUGAAGCAGCGCCCUUCUUCAGAAUGCCUCAUCACUUUUCUCCUCCCUUCCUUUUAUACCAACUUUUUCUUUCUUGUAUGUUAUGUUUCUCUUUGCCUUUGGUUGAAAUAUCCACUCUUUAUUAAAAGGUAGUAGUCAUGCCAGGCACUUUUUUCAGCUCUUAAAAAGUGUCUCUUCCAAGUGGCACAAAGGGAAGUCUUGAUUUAAAUAUUGGAAACGAGAUUCACUUUCCUCAAAGUGGGAUCCUGGUGAGGAAGCUACCUCCUGGGACCAGUCCAGACUUCCUAGGAAGUCAGAUGCCUUAUGUGAGGGAAGGGGAAAGAGGGCAGAGGCAGCUAUACAGUCCACAGGGGCCAAGGCUUCGAACUUUGACCCAAUCUUUGGUUUCUUUGAGUUGACCUCUUCUUGGCCAAUGACGCCAACACUGGGUCCAGUUGGGGAUGUAUAAUAAAGCAAGAGCCCAUCCAACCUAACAGUAAUACUACCAAGCCCUAUUUUCAACAUGUCAGGACAAUGGAAACUUGAGGGACAACAGGAAGCCAAACAGUUUCUAUAAUCAUGUCUUCAGUGGGCUUGCUCUGAGCCACUGCUCUUAGCAGAGCCCAGCGGCAGCUGAGGCACACGUAGACAGGAGCACUGGACGGUAAAGGAGCAGGGUUCUCACCGAUGGCAAAUCUGUGGAGCAGCAUGAUUAAAAUCGGCUUGACCCUGAGUGACCUGGGUGGUUUUAUAAAACUUAAACAGAAAAAUCUUACAAAGCUAAGAUGGCUAAUUAUCUAAUUUUUUUAUACUGGAUUGUACACUUUGUGGUUAUCGACCCUGUGUUUCUAAAAGUUCCUAUUUAUAAAUAAAGGCUAUUAGACAGAAGAGUAGCAUCUAUUCUUCCAAAGCAUCCAAAGGUCUGCUCAGAGAAGUUCCCACCAUCAAGUCCCUGGACCUGGACAUGGGGCUGAAGAAUAAGGAGCAGUCGUCAAAUGUGCUAAGAAGUGACGUCCUAGUCCCUUCAUCUAAGCCAAUCCAACAAAUCACGUUUCCUGAGCACUCCCGAGGUUAGGCCCUAUGGGGUCCCCACCAUGGAUGGUCAUCUGGCUCCUAACGAGUCUUAGCACACAGCAGACCACAUCAGGAAGGACAGCUGGGAAAAGGGGGUGGGCAGAAAGCUGGGACUACCUUUGCACCUUGGCCCCAGCUGAUCUUUCCAGCAUCAUCUCCCCGGGGCACCCAUCCAUGCCCUCCAGGCCCCUGCCACACCAAACCGCAGGGCCUCCCCUUAACAUAGCAGGGGCGCUCAAGGCUUUUUACACACGAUUCCCCUUUGGGAUGCCCCUCUACGUCUUCCACCUGGAAAAUUCUUUGAAGACCCAACUGUAACCGUCUCCUCUCUGAAGUCUCCCCCAUUCCCCUGAAGGUGGCUUCCAUUCUUCUUCCUGAGUGCUGCCAGAACAACUUGUUCAUCCCUGUUAUGGUACUUUUCACACCACAGAGUAGUUAUUUAUUACCAUAGAGUUUUAAAAAAAGGAAGAGAAAAAAAUCCGUAUAUAUCACACACACACACUGCAAGCUCCUUAAGGACAAGGCUGGGUGGUGGUGUGCCUGGUGUGCAUCACAGGCUUCUCGGAAGAAUGUAACCAACCCACCUCUCCUUCCUCUCCGCUACAGCGUCUUCUCUGCAGAAUGAUUUGAACCUCAGCCUGGCCAAUAGUCACAUUUUAGUUUUCUUAAGUCAUAUUUUGCUUUGUUAUCAAUUUGCCAACAAAUUAAUCACUCCACUUGCUUAGGUAGCAUGAAAGAUCAGAAUGUAGCUGUCAAGCUUUGAUGGUCUAGGAGGGAGUUGCCUAGAGGCUGUCCUGGUUUCAGAUUGCUGCUCUGGCCCCAGUCGCGGCCACAGGCCACCAUUCCUUCCGCACAGCCUUGGUCACCAAAGGGUGUUUGGAGUCCUUGGCACCCAGUGCUGACAUUAUAAUCCAUGCCGACUGCACUUCGAUUUAGUCCCUUGGAGCAGUAGGCUUUCUGUUCUGGGCCUGCAUCCCUGCAAUCUGGAGGGCAAAGCCCUCCAUCUCUAUAAUGGUUAUAUGAAACCAGUUGCCUUGUACAGUCUGCUAUCUUUUUGGAAGAUUCUUUUGUAGAAAUAGUUCUUUGUUAGGUUGCAUAGUAUUAAUAACGGAAAACUUCACAGUUAAAUAUAUCCUCCAGGGAAAACUCCCCAGUUAAAUAUAUCCUCCAAAGAUGGGAAUGUUGUGUGGUUGUUGAAGGCAUCUCCCUUGCUUUCUUUCCAAAGCAUCAGCCAAAGAGAGAACUUGCAUUUCAGCUACUUAGCUCUGUGAUGUUUAUUAAGCAUGACAAUAGGAGUUUUUACCACCUUAAGCUGGAUUUUAUGUAAACUAUCAACCCCCAUAGUCUCUCCUGGCCUCUUUUACAAAACUAGAGACUGCUAGAGACCUAUAUAAGGUCCCUGGGUGGCUCAAAUGGUUUGCACUCAUCUACUAACUAAAAGGUUGGCAGUUCAAACCCACCCAGC